CAACUCUCAGCGCGCGGCGGAGACUCGUUUUCCCGCGUGUAACAUUUGAUCAAUGUUAGAGUGCAAGGUAAAACCGGUUUCGUGGACCUCGAUGUGAGUAAUCAUGGAACAAGGGGAAAGCAAAAUCUCUGUGUGGGUAUGCCGGGAGGAGAAGCUGGUGUCCGGGCUGUCCAGACGCACCACCUGCGCGGAUGUAGUGAAAGUGCUGCUGGAGGACCAGAGCUUCCAGAAAGGCGCGAUGCUCACCGGUCCUCCACAGUCGUACUGUAUCGUGGAAAAAUGGAGGGGUUAUGAGCGGAUUCUGCCGAAUAAAACCAAAAUCCUGCGGCUGUGGAGCGCCUGGGGCGAUGAGCAGGAGAACGUGCGCUUCGUUCUGGUCAGGAGCGACGCGUCGCUGCCCAACAGCGGACCGAGGAGCGCCGAGGCGCGGGUCGUGCUCAGCAAAGAGAGCCCUUGCCCUACCAGAGCCACCAUGCAGAUUUCACACGACAAACAGCGGAGGAUCGUGCGGAAGGCUUUUAGAAAGUUGGACAAAAUUAAUCAGAAGAAGGAGGAGGUUUCUUCAAAAGACAAACCAUCUGCGGACAAAAUGGAAACGCUCGCCCAUCUCAUUAUUUCGCAGGAUCAUACUAUCCGACAGCAGCUACAGCGAAUAAAAGAGCUGGAUAAUGAAAUCGAGAGGUAUGAAUCGAAAGUUCACUUUGACAGAAUGAAAAUACACGGCGUAAACUACGUGCAAGACACUUAUUUGCUCGAGCAAGGCUUGGAUAGCGAUUCCAGCGCGCAUCCGGACGCGUCCUUUGCGCAGUUUGAGGAAUACGCGUCACGCUGCGACCAAGUCAUUCAACUUCAGGAGGAACUGACCGAGAGGGAGGCUCUGAUGGAGAUACUUACAGGGGAAAUACAAGAAGAACUCAACCACAGGUGGAUGAGACGGCGACAGGAGGAGCUUUCCAACAAAGACGCGGAGAGCAGUGGAGAAGAAACGGCUCUCAAGGUGACCCCGGUCCCAGUUGCGCCGGACCUCCUAACAGACAAUGAACUCCAGUUAGAGGAGGCGAGGAUCAAAACACAACUGGAUACGAGUUUAUACAUCGGGCUGCGCUUGAACACCGAUCUGGAGACGUUAAAGAGCGACUUGGAUAUGAGUCAGGAGCUUUUGGACGCGAAAGAAAAGGAGUUGAGGGAAUUACUCGAAAAGGUUCAUAGAUUAGACGAGAUGGAAGAGAAACAGGCGGAAGACAGCAAAGAUGAGGGAGUAACCGAACAACUGCCUUCAGUAGACAAUGUUUGGGUAGAGCAGGCGAGGGGACUGUCCAAAACAUGCACCCAUGAUGAUGACUCGGACACCGGGUUGAGUUCAAUGCACAGCCAGGACUCGGAUAACGCACCUGUUUGCGAGUCUCUUGUGUGACAAGACGAUUUAGAAUCAUUCACUUCGGCGCGAACUCAGGGACAUUUCGCCUCUAUUGAUUUCACGAAUCUUCUCUCUUUAUAAGAGAGGAACGCAUGUAAAUUAUACCAGUCUAGUGUUAUGAUCGCCUCGCUCUGUAAUUGCCUCACUCAUACACAUGGAGAAUAGAUUGUAAGGUGCAGCUUUCCAAAUCAUAACGAAUUAACCAAUGCAUAGCCUGAGAUGUCCACUGUGUGCUGACUUAUGUUGCAGUACCAACAGUAUGUAUUUGUUUUCUGUAGCCUUAUGUGAAAAGCUAGCAUUAGAGUUUUGUGGGGUUUUAUUUCUUCCCAAAUGUUAUAUAAUAUAUACAAAAUGUAAAAAAAAAAAUUAUCUUCUGGGAAAACAAAACAGAACUGACGACUCAUCGUGCACUAUACUGAUUUUUAUCUAAUCAGAUGUUCUCUAGAAUAAGCAAAUAAAACAUCAUUGGAAUUCGUAGUUGAUGCAUCUGAAGUCUAUUGACUUUUAAAAAAUAAAAACGUGAGCCUUUCAAUAUGCCCCACCCACAAUUCCGUUUUAACAGGAAAUACAGAGGAAGAAAUCUGACCAGUGCAGCUGUAGCUAUGGCACAAACAUGAACUAUGAUUUGCUAGUCAGUUGCAGGUGGUGUUAUGGGGCGGGGCAUUCUGACUCUAUAGAGCAUCUAAUUGGACAAAAAUCUGUGUAGUGCGGGAUGAGUCAUCAGUGUUUUUGGUCAGUUUAACUAGAAGAAAAUUAUUCAAAAACUUAUUUUUUUUUUCAACGUUUAGCAUAUAGAAUUCCUAGAAUAAAUGCACAUGGACUAAAACCCACAAAACACUAAUUUUGAUUUAAUAGGGUCUUGAGAAUUAUUUAUUGAACAACAUUUAGGCGGAUCAAAUAUCUGCAUUGAGCAAAUAUGUGCUAAUCACUUCCAUGUUCACCAGCUGACUAAUUAGAACAAUCCGCUAACAGCUUUUACUCUAGGAAUCAAUUUGCAUUACCAGAAAACAUCCUGUGCUGUGGAAACUGAAGUUGUGGGAAUCAAAAGGUGCGUGCGACGCACUGGUGUUUAUUCAUACUUCUGAGGAGCUGAUGCGUGAUUCUCUGUUUGCUCACAGUUUUAAUUUCAACGAGACAGCUCCAAUUAAACCAAAUAUAGUGUCUUCUAGACACACUGGAAUUUGCUGUUAAGCCAUUUCUGCUUUUUUUUCCUCUUUAUACACUUUUAUUUUUAGUCACGAGGGACCUUUAGGAUCAAAUGAUCAUUUUGUCAAUGACUCAUCUUAUACAGUACAUAUGAUUUCUCUAUUGCAACUAAUAGCAAAAUUAUCAAGUGGAAUGUCUUUGAAUGCUGUUGUAGCAUUUCAUCUAAAUUUGUAAAUAAUUUGU